AUGCACUUCACAAGCUCCUCCCUGUCACCUUGCUUUGACUUUCCCGCCUCCUGCCAGCUGACUUGCAAGGGAAGAAAAACCUCAUUUCAUCUCCCAGGAGGGAUCCAGGGUGUUAUGGGAACUGAGAACUCCAAGAACGAGAGACGGAGGAGCAUGGGUUUUCUGAGGAAAGGUCCAAAGUUGCCUGCCUGGGAAGAUGCUCUUCUGGCAGGGAAAGAGCCCAAGUCGCUGCUGAGACGGGGGUUGCGUUAUGUCAGCUUGAGCCUCAUAAUGAAAGGGAUGACCAGCACGCCUGACUUCUUGUGGGGACUGCCCGAGGUGCAGAAACUCAACCUUUCCCACAACCAGCUGGUGAUGAUUCCUCCUUCCUUGGGCAAACUGGACAGGCUGGUAGUGCUGAACUUGGGUGGCAACUGCCUCAAGUGCCUACCUAAAGAGAUUGGGCUGCUGAGGAACCUGAAGAUCUUGUUCGUCAACAUGAACUGCCUGACAGAAGUGCCAGCAGAGCUCAGCCUGUGCAGGAAGCUGGAGGUUUUAAGCCUCUCGCACAACUGCAUCUCCCAACUGCCUCUGAACUUCGCUGACCUGACAAAUUUGAGGAAGCUCAACCUCAGUAACAACCGCUUUGUGCAGAUUCCCCUCUGCAUUUACGCGCUGAGGAGCUUAGACUUCUUACACCUAGGGUCCAACAGGCUUGAAAACAUCGCAGAGAGCAUCCAGUAUCUGGUCAAUCUGCAGAUCUUCAUAGUAGAGAAUAACAACAUACGCACCCUGCCACGGUCUAUCUGCUUCCUCACCACACUGGAGCUGCUAAAUGCUGAUUACAACACCAUCCAGACCCUCCCAGACGACCUCUACCUGCUGCACCGCCUGCCACGCAUCGCAUGGAACCCAAUGGACAAAGGUCUCCACAUUGCCCACAACCCCCUGUCCCGGCCCCUGCCUGAGGUCAUAGAAGGAGGGCUGGAUGUCCUCUUCAGCUACCUCAAGGAGAAAAAGGAGCACCACUGA